AUGCGCUGUGUGCCCCCGCUACCCAUACCCCCAGAGGGCCCCUUCACCAUGGCCGACAUAGUAGUUGCGUGCCCAACCCACAAGACAGCGAGCACAGAGGUGCUCCUGUCGCGGGUCGCGUGGAUCCUCCCUAACCUGCGACGGGACCUGGCCUGGCACAUGCACGGGAAGCCGUUCCGGAAGCUGCGGCAUCAAGCCUACGUUGGCAGGGAGCGGGCCAUCAACCGGCUAGCGGAGCAGUUCCGCCCCCCCCCUGGCAUGACCACUGUCGUGGGCGUGGGCAACUGGUGCCCAACCCACAAGACAGCGAGCACAGAGGUGCUCCUGUCGCGGGUCGCGUGGAUCCUCCCUAACCUGCGACGGGACCUGGCCUGGCACAUGCACGGGAAGCCGUUCCGGAAGCUGCGGCAUCAAGCCUACGUUGGCAGGGAGCGGGCCAUCAACCGGCUAGCGGAGCAGUUCCGCCCCCCCCCUGGCAUGACCACUGUCGUGGGCUACGUGCGGGUGCGCAACGGUGAGGAGAAGCUGGUGGACGUGUGGGACACCAAGCGCUGUGUCAACAAGGGCUGCAGAGUCCAUGUUGUCAACCGCGAUGUCAACGGAGCAGCCAACAUGCUCAUGCUGACUAAGUGUUUUUUGAGAAUGCACCUCGCCCCACAGCUUUUGGUGGACCCCCUGCUUCCCCUUCCUUUCCUCCUACCCCCAACCCCUCGGUUCGCCAUUUGA